GAUCUAUUCCUUGCUGGAAGUGACACGUCCGCCAUAACAACAGAAUGGGCAAUGGCAGAACUUCUUCGAAAUCCUCAAACGUUACGGAAAGUAAGAGAAGAAAUUCUUCAACAAAUAGGCACAGAAAGACCAGUAAAAGAGUCAGAUAUUGACAAACUUCCAUACCUUCAAGCAGUCGUAAAAGAAGUCAUGAGACUUCAUCCAGCAGUUCCAUUACUCUUACCACACAAAGCUCAAGAAGACGCAGAAAUAUUUGGUUUCAUUGUGCCCAAGAACAGCCAAGUUCUCGUAAAUGCAUGGGCAAUUGAGAGAGAUCCAAAAUACUGGGAAAAACCACUAGAGUUUCUGCCUGAAAGAUUCAUCAAUUCAAGUGUGGAUUACAAAGGAAGGGACUUUGAGUAUAUACCGUUCGGCGCCGGCCGGAGAAUUUGUCCUGGAAUGCCACUUGCUAUAAGGAUGGUUAACUUGAUGUUGGCUUCUAUUGUUCAACCAUUUAGUUGGAAGUUACCAAAAGGGAUGGCACCAGAGAAUUUGGAUAUGGAGGAACAGUUUGGACUUACUUUGAGGAAGGCUAUUCCUCUUCUUGCCAUUCCUAGCUUAAACAUGUCUAGCACACAAAAUGCACCUGCUCAUGACAGUAAGAGACUCGGAGAAAAUAGCGGUAUAGGGGUCGGUGUUCCACCCGUAAACCCUGGGGGAGUGCCUAAUGUGGAGCCAGAUGAUAUCAGUUCUCACAACGCUCUAAAUACGGACACAGGCACAGACCCCAUAAGGAAUGCACACAGGGAAGCCCAGGGCGGAGGCCAGGAAACAUGA